AAGUCAUUGUGAAUAUUUUAAAUUAUUACAAUCAGUUGAUAAAACUUUACCAAAGAAAGAACAAUUAGUAAAUCUUAAUCAAAAAGAAUCUUUAAUGAGGAUAAAGAAAAUGUUUCGAGAAAGAAAACUUGAUUAUGAAAUUUAUUUUUGGAUUAAAAGUUUUAAAAAAACUGGAUCUACAAUCUAUAAAGAUGAGCAAAAACUUUUAUGA